UUCCCCUUCCUCACAGUAGUCCGGUCUACCAUGGCUGCUCUUUUGUUGAUAAUUUCAGUGCUUUCCAUAUUCUUAAUCCCCGCUCUUCCUCAUUCUGUCGGCAAUUUCUCUCAUCAACACCAACAACAAGAAUUAUUGUUGCGAUUCAAAGCUACCGUUUCCAGAAACGGCACUUCUCUGCCCGACUGGACUCCCCGUCACUCCUUCUGCAAUUGGUCUGGUGUUAUUUGUCACUCCUCCUCUCACUCUGUCCGGGCCAUCGAUUUAACCCAAAUGGGUUUAGACGGCACCAUCUCUCCUGUGCUCGGAAAUCUCUCCUCUCUUCGAUACCUAGUUCUUGCCGGCAAUUACCUCACUGGUACCAUUCCAUCUCAACUCGGUCAACUCCGAAAUCUAUGGAUGCUCAGGCUGGACAACAACCAAUUACAAGGAACCGUUCCACCCGGUCUCUCCGCUUGCCGCAGUUUGUAUUAUCUGGCACUUUCCUAUAAUCAACUGCAUGGCAGCAUUCCGCCUGAGCUGAGUCUUCUCAAAAGUUUGAAGUACCUUUACAUAGGCGCAAACAGUCUUACGGGUAUGAUUCCCAGCUCUUUCAAAAAUCUGUCCACCUUAGUUUUAAUGAAUUUGGCCGAAAAUAACUUAUCGGGUACCAUUCCUCCUGAAUUGGGAAUGCUCACUAACCUGCAGACUCUUUACCUUUUUGAAAAUAACUUACGAGGAACCAUUCCGGGCUCUUUAACAAAUCUCUCAAAUUUGAAUGACUUAAGUUUAUCUGAUAACCAGAUAAUUGGACAGAUUCCAUGGGACAUUGGUACCAAGCUCUCCAAUUUGGAAUACCUUGGUUUAUGGGGAAAUCAGCUUAGUGGAAACAUACCAAACUCCCUUGGAAAUUGUUCCCAUCUAGAAGUACUUAUUUUAUCUAUAAACAGACUAAGUGGAACGGUUCCAAAGGAGCUAGGCAUGUUGAACCUUCUUACCCAGCUUGAUCUAUACAGCAAUCAACUUGUUAGUGACAGCAGUAAAACAUUGGCCUUUCUCACUGCUCUCACAAAUUGCUCCCACUUGCAAGAAAUAGUUGUGUCAUAUAAUAAUUUCAAAGGUAUAUUGCCCCCAUCCAUAGGCCAACUGUCUUCCAAUCUCAAUUACUUGGGUUUACAAUUCAACAUGAUAAACGGAAGCAUACCACAACAGAUUGUCAAUCUGACAAGCUUAACUUUCUUAGCUUUAUACGAUAACCUUUUUAGCGGCAAUAUUCCAUCUGGUAUUAAAAGAUUGCAGAAGUUGGAAAGAUUGUUUUUGGGUGGGAACAAACUAGAAGGAAGCAUUCCAAGUGACAUAGGUCAAAUGCAACAUCUCGGACUCUUGAAUCUAAGUCACAACCAGUUAUCUGGAAAAAUACCAGAUUCUCUUUGUAACUCCCAGCAGCUUAGACGUCUUCUCCUUUACCACAACAAGUUAUCAGGGAAGAUCCCCGUUAGCAUGCAGGGAUGUCAGAAGUUAGAGCUCCUUGACUUAUCUCACAAUAAACUAGAGGGACGGAUACCUGGUGAAGUCAUUGCCAGACUUAAAAACCUGCAAUUCUAUCUCAAUCUAUCAGGGAAUUCUCUUAAAGGGUCGUUGCCACAAGAGAUGAGUAAAAUUGUAAUGGCUCAAGCGAUAGAUAUAUCUGGAAAUCAGCUUACUGGGCUCAUUCCAGAUUCUAUAGGGGACUGCUCAGCAUUAGAGCGUCCAAAUCUAUCCCACAACGCCUUUGUUGGUCCAAUACCACAUUCACUCUCCAAAUUAAAAAACCUCGAAGAAAUUGAUCUUUCUUUCAAUAAUUUGUCAGGGCAGAUUCCUCCAGGAGGGUUGUUUCGAAACAGAAGUGUUGUAGUAUUGUUUAUGGGGAACCCUGGCGUAUGUGGCCCAAAAAAUUAUUCAUUGCUUCCAUGCCCAAUUCCGACCCAUGAAACACAUUCCCUGCUGAAAAAAGUAGUCUUAUUAGUUGCUGGAAUCAUUGCAUUUCUAUUAAUUUGCUUCGGUCUAGUAAUGCUAUGGAGGCAUAAACUUUCAAAGCGGCUAGUCCGUCCCUCAAACCUUAUUUUUCGAAGGCUUGGCUAUCCAAAGUUUUCUUAUCAAGAUCUUGUCAUUUCAACAUCUGGAUUUGACGAGUCAAACUUGCUUGGAGUGGGUAACUUCGGAUCUGUCUACAAAGGCAUCUUGAGGGAUGGUAGGAUCAUUGCCAUGAAGAUUCUUAAUUUUACAAAUGAAGAAGCUCUUAAGAGUUUUAAGAGAGAAUGCAAAUUGUUAGGGAGGAUUCGGCACCGUAACCUCAUCAGAAUCAUAAGUGCAUUUUCCUACCCUGACUUGAAAGGUUUGGUUCUUCAGUUUGCAUGUAAUGGGAGCUUAGAAAAACAUUUGCACCCUGACAGAGAUGAUGAACACUUUUGUAAGUUGGGAUUGAGUGAGUGUUUGAGCAUUGCUACAGAUGUAGCCCAUGGCAUGGAAUAUUUACAUCAUGAUUGUCCUCUACAAAUUGUGCACUGUGAUUUAAAACCUAGCAAUGUGCUCUUGGAUGCCGACAUGACAGCCCUUGUCACUGACUUUGGCAUAUCCCGUUUAACUAGCACAAAUUCAGUAGAUUCAUUGAGUACAACAACAUUUGCACUCAAAGGAUCCAUUGGAUAUAUUGCUCCAGAGUAUGGAUUGGGUGGGAGUGUUUCCACAAAGGGAGAUGUUUAUAGUUAUGGAAUUCUGAUAUUAGAGAUGGUUACAAGGAAGAGGCCAAACGAUGACAUGUUUGUGGGAGACCUGAACUUGCAAAAGUGGGUAAGGUUGGCCUUUCCAGACAGAUUGACAGAUAUUAUUGAUAGUGAGCUGUUGAAUGAAGUGAAUGAAAACAUGGAAGACGAUAGAUGUCUUCUUUCUUUCAUUCAUAUUGGUUUGCUUUGCACUGCUGAAUCACCAAGUGAGCGGCCUUCCAUAAGAGAUGUAGCCAAAACCUUAGGGAGCCUCAAGCCAUCUUCCAUGGGAGGUGCAGCUUCUUCCAUGUUAACAGCUACCAUAUCAGAACUACUCAAAACCAAUCCUACAGGAACAUUGGCACCGGACAGUCAAAGUUCAACCUUUUAGAUGUAUAUAACUUCGAUUAGGAAGUUUUUGUCCUUUAUGUUUGAUAGUUUCAAGUUUGUCUUCCAUCACAAGACCUACAGUAUUCCUUCCUGUCAAAUCCACCUCAAGUUAAAUUGUAGUUCUUUCAGCCUGUAAGGUGUUCUAAUUCAUGUGUUUUCUUUAAAGUAGAUUGAGAAAGUAUGAUGCUGUCAAUACAUAUUGCAACAAU